AAUUUGAGUUUCGCCAUUGAACUCGCUGUCGACGUAGUCGUAGAAUUUGCAGCAUGAAUAGCAGGCUAAUGAGAUGAUGGGAGGGGUAUUUUACGUGUCGCUCACCUUUCAUCGCUAGGUGAGGGGGAGAGUGAGCGAGAGCGAGCUUUCAGGAUUUCUUUGCUAUUGGAAUAUGAGAGAGUCUUAAUGCGACGGGCAUGUUUUGCGCUUGUGUGUUUCUUGGUUGAGAUUCAGGAGUCUCGAGAAACGUGCGCGUCGCUCGCGCCUCCAUAUCUCGCAGCCAUUGGCCCUCACGGUGAUUAAUCAUCUGAUUGAGACAGCUUUCAUUGCUCCUUCUUGCACCGCCCUUCAUUGCUCUCCGGGAAGGAGCGGUAUGGUGGUAGGUCACCUUUCAGUUGUCUUCUCAUCAACCGGCGAUGGUGACUCUGUUGAGGCAAUAAUUUUGUCGCUCCCAAACGACGAGCAUUCUUUUGCAACUGGAAAGCUCUUUGCAGCCGCACGCUUUCUCUUGGAGAAGGAGAGUUAGGAGCAAUGGGAGUGAAGAGUGAUGUAGUUUGUUAGCACGUAGUAGCUGGACUUGGGGAGCUUUUGCAAUAGAUGUUUCGUGCUUGAUUGAUGACUGUGAGUUGUGGUCGACUAAAAUGUGUCGACACGAUCAGAGCCUGGUGGUUAUGAGAGUCUUUUUCGAAGGGAGCUUAGUGUUUUCUCGCAAUUUGUACGCACCUCUCUCUUUCAGGUCAGUAGCAGUGAGUGAACGUCGAAGUUGGAUUACUAGAGUUGUUUACUUAAGAACCGCUUCAUAAUUUCGGAGGCGAGCACUAUGGUACUCUUAGUAGUGUAGUGUCUGUAGUUAUGUCCGAGGAACUUGAAUUCAUUCUGUUCCUUUGUUGAGAAUUUUAAGAGCUGUUGGUCAUCGUUUGAAUUGUAGGGGCUGGUUUAACAGUAGGAUUGUCAGUUUCAGGAUUAUAUGUAUGCAGUGGAGGAUCGGAGAAAUUGAAAAUUGACUGUAGUCUCAUGCCUUUCUAUCCGCCAAGGUAUAUCGGUCUUGUUAAAUCGCGAUUCUUCACACUCGGUCUCGGCAGGGUACCCAGCAAAUGAUUAUUUUUGAGGCGAUUUUUUGCCAGUCCACAGAUCGUCAAACAUUUCACUCUGGCACGCAAUUUGCAAGUUCUGAGAGUGUCCACGGUGCGGGUCCACCGGUCAAGUUCUGCGUAGCAAUCAAGGAUGAUGAAGUAUUUAGCUGGUUUGUUCCCCAGGUUAAAAGGGAUGGGUUUAUAGCGUGACAAGUUAGAGCUUCGAUAGACUACUUAUAUAUAUUUCCAAGUCUUGUCAGAACAGCCAACUUUUCAGAAUGGGAAACCCUUCGUCAGGAUCCAAAGUGCAAACAACUAUGUCUCUUCCGAAAGGGAGACACAGGCAGUCGCUAUCUGUGGGUGGCGCGUCCCUACAACUUGAGAAGUAUGAUAGAUUGAGUAGCAGUGAGAGGAUAUCUUCGACUGUGUUGAGUCCCAGAACCACGGAAGAGAAGGCUAUUGCUGCCUUCCUAGGCGACAAGAAGACGAAACGAAGGACAAGGUCAUCUCUGGGAGGAAGUGAGGAGUUCAUCAAAGGAUUUUCAGAACUUAAUGGAGUCGCUUUGGCAGCAGAAGAGAGAAAGCCUCUCGGCACCAUACCAUUCCGAGGACACCGGAGAGCCGGAUCCGGGAAUGUGACACCCAAAGCUGCGGAGUCUCCCAGAGCGAAAGGAAUGUGCCCUCCUCCAGGGGUAGAGAAAAAUGCUGUAACGAAGAUGUCAGCCUCCUUGUUUCAUUCUCCUACAAAACUUGAGCGGUCUAUGUCAUUAUCAAGAGUAGCCCACAGAGUCAUUCCAGAUGCAGAUAGAACUCCACGCUGUCGAGCCGGAGUAGGUGAAGUCAUCCUGCCCGGAAAACGAGACGCGCUGAGAGAACUGAAGCGGCAAGAUCUUCCGAGGGGCCACCGAAGUGAGAAUGGUUCCGGAAGGAAAUCUUUCUCUGUACACCUGGAAAAGAUAAUAAGUUGUGGGAAUGGAGAAAAUUGCGAUGGACGGUCUUUUUCCCAUACUGGUUCUGGUGGUCUAAAGUCUAAAAAGGGAGUCACGCCAUCCGAUCAUGUCAAUGACGAGAACUCUCAUUUUGAAAACCAACCACAAGGCACUAAAAUGCCCACUCUAGAGACAUGGUCGAGCCAUGAGCAAUGGAACUGGAAUGCUGCUUACAUGCCAGUCAAAGAUAUCCAUCCAGUGUGUUUCGAAACAAUCACCAAAAAGCGCAGCGAGCAGCCAAUGACUACAAGAUCACUGGAUUUGGGUCGUGAUCUUUACGGAAGCGCAAGGAGAUCCUCAUUCUCUAAUGCUGCGUCGAUGCAACUGUCCUGUGUAUCGAAGGGCUCUAAUCCCGACGGAUCAGAAUCUUUCAAUGAGUCACUAAGUGGAAACUUGUCAAGUACCCACAUCGAGAACUCUUACCGGAUUAAGCAUUCUGAUGCACUGUUGAUUUCACAGUCGUUGGGCUCUGGGUACCUAUCAUGGCAGCCUUCCCCUAAUAUCACACCUUCAAAAAGACAAUCUUUUUUGGACCAGACCCACCAGAAUCUUAAGAAUUUGCAUUGCCACCCACUUCCAUUGCCCCCACCUUCCCAAGCUAGUCAAACGACGGGAACAGUUGCAAUCCAACAAGAGAAGCAGAAGAAAGCUGCUUCUACUCUCUCUGACAAGGUCACUGAGGAAGACCUUACUGAGGCAGCAAUCCUCUCUAGUCUCGUUGGUGAGGAUGAUCCUGCCGGGCCAGUACUCAUAUCAGAGGAAUCUAAACGAAUAGUUCCAAGUGCGAGUCUAGGUCGGCAGGUAGGAGAGGUCCUAUUCAGCAGUGAGAGAGAGAUUGGUUUGAGGAAUCCCAGCGGUCCUGAUGCAUGUUUACGAAAGAGUAUCAGCUUCGAGCCUACUACUGAAGAGAAAUCGAGAAUUGGACAUGAAAAUAGGAAUAAACUGCGGAAGAGGAGAAGAAGUGUUUCUGCUUCAGGCAUUGGUGCCAUGCUUCUCAAGGUUGUGCGCGUAUCCGACACAGGACCUAGUGAAACGAUGACAGUGCCUAUCGCAGAUGCUAAGGUUUCUGGGGUAGAUCAAAAUAGGGACUACCCUGAUCAAACUAUUAUGCCAAGGGGUAGUCAAUCUCAGUUCCCCACCACACGUCUUCACCAAGAUUGUCUAGCCGAGAUUGUUCAGCCCGAGGCCAAUAGCACCGAGGUUGUAGACAUGGACGUUGAAUACCAGAAUUGCAGCACUGAGCUCGUGGCUCCUGAUGUAGCCAGCUGUGGUGAUGUAACUACAGAAGAUCUUUCUUUCAGCGAAGAUAUUGAGCGACCAUCUGAAGAGAUGCAAGGAGGUGAAACUGAAAUGGUGUUAAAUCUCACUCAAGGAGACCAACUUGCAGGUUCCGGAUCAGACAGUGUCGGGCCGAAUCCACACGACAAGCAAGGCAACCAAAAGAUUCUUCUUGAGACAAUUGGCAAUCCCGAUCCUCUAAACGCAGAUGGAAAUUGCCCAGAAAUCUCAGCGGACGCAGGGAUUGAAGACCUCGAAGAUAAUGCGCAUCAGAGAGAAGAAAGUUUCAGAAGUGUACCGAACUCGAAGGUAGUUUGCCAGGAAGAGAAGAUUAACAAUCGGGAAGCCUUGCUGGAAAAUGCCAGGUUAAACGCGCCGAGAUUUCUCAAGCGAGAGGAAGGUGUUGGAGGCAGCCGAAGAAAAAGAUUAGGUAGCAAAGGACGGGUCUCGUACGACUUGGACAAAUCCGCAGAGUGGAAAGCGAAGAAAGCUGAAGUUUCUGAAGCAGAUACUGAAACAGAGCAUACUCAGGCGAUUGACACCGGCAGCAAACAGCCUCCAGCCUUACUAGACGAGAAUGUGACCAUAACCAAAGAACGACCUCGCAGCUUUGGGUCCAUGUUACAAGUUUCUCCUCUCGAUGAGAUGCGCCUGGCUCCGUCUUCCAUAUCCAUUUUGGCUAAUCCAUCUUUCUCCAGCUCUCACCAAGAUAGACUGUGGGAGGAGCAAGCUGAAGCCUAUUCCAGUGGAGGGAGGGGCACUCCAGGUAGAGAAGACGACACUGCAGCAUACGUACCCCUCCAGUCGCCAACGCGAGGUGGUACAAUUUCGUCUGAUGACCAAUCCCACUCCGCCGCUGGUUCCUUAAGAAAACCACACGGAGACCUAAGCGUCAUGAGCACCACUGGUGUCGUCAGCGACAGUGGACACAGCAUCGACAAAAGGAAAGGGCUAGGAAAGAAGAGGAGCAGACCUCGAACACCGCUGCGAAGCUUGAUGGCCGAAGAUCACCACAGCAAAUCCUCCAGCAUUAAGUCUCCUGACAGCCAUAGCCACUUCCUACAGCACAUCAUGUCUCGCAUCAGAGGAGGCUCCAGCUCAAAAUCCUUAAGUUCUAAAAGUCAAGACACCAUACCCAAGAGACGGACCACUAUCUGGAGCAGUUGCAUGUGCUUCUCUCACAUCAGGUAGACUAGGUAUUUAAACAGACUCAUGGAGAUGGGAACCAUGGAGCACUUGCGUGUGCUUCUCUCACAUUAGGAAGAUUAGGCAUUUAGACGAAUCCAUGGAGGUGAGAACCAUUUCAGGAAUGAAAAUUAAUUGGUUUGUGGAUACACAGAUUUUUUUAUGUGCCACACAAGGCCAUUUUUCA